ACAAAAUUCUACGUGAACUACGUCUAUCUCCAGUUCAAGUCUCCGCGACCGCACGCGAUGGUAAUCUAUAAGAAGGUGGAUGAUGAUGCGCCCUGGACACCGUGGGCCUACUUCUCUAGUAAUUGCUUAACUUACUUCAACAUGACCUACGAACCCAUGCCAACCUUCUUGAGACCUGACGACGUCAUCUGCCGCGAAGAAUACUCCACCCUUCAGCCUCUUUACGAUGGUGAAGUCAUCUUUUCUGUUAUCAACGGCCGACCAGGCACGGAUGACUUCUUCCAUAACCCUAUACUUCAGGCAUGGAGCACGGCUAGUCAAAUUAAGGUGGAACUGCAGAAGAUGCACACAUUCGGUGAUGAAGCUAAUGCCGAAAGAGACACUCUCUUAACUUACUACUUUGCGAUUCGCAAAUUUACUGUCGGUGGUCGAUGCAUGUGCAAUGGUCACGGUAACGACUGUCGUCCCGUGGGAAGUUAUGGUUCAAACCCCAAGUUGGUGUGUGUCUGCGAUCCUGCCCAUCACACCGCCGGGGACAACUGUGAGAGGUGCGCCCCAGGCUAUGUAGACGUGCCCUGGCAGCCGGCUACCCCUGACAAUGCUUACGCUUGCAAAGUCUGCGAGUGCAAUGGCAACUCGGAACACUGCGAAUUUGAUGAGAGCGAAUACCAAGCGACCGGAUCGGGUGGGAUCUGUAUUGGCUGCGGCAACAACACGAUGGGAAAGCACUGUGAGACUUGUCUUCCGGGCCACUACCCCGAUCCCGAUCGGCCCUCUGUCUGCCUUCCAUGCAGUUGCGAUCCUACAGGAACGCUAGAGGGUGGAGAGUAUAAGUGCUCCUCCGACGGGCAGUGCAAAUGCAAGCCAGGUGUUGGGGGGAAACGCUGUGACCACUGCCUUCCCGACCACCAUUCAUUCACCUCUAGUGGUUGUCAACCUUGUGAUUGUAACGCUGGCGGGAGCUUAAACAAUCAACCUUAUUGCGAUCCCUACACGGGUGACUGCAAUUGCAAAGACAAUGUGAUCGGCAGGAAAUGUGAUAGGUGUAAACCUGGUACAUUUGGAAUGAUGGACAACGAUCCCCUCGGUUGCAAAAAGUGUUUCUGCAGUGGACACUCAUCAGAUUGUACACUGGGACGCGAGAUUAGUGGAGAUGUUGUAUUGAUGGAAGAGAACGAACUUAAAGAAUAUGAAGCCGAGAGGAAAGUCAUUUUCAGCUGUCCUAAUGGGACAAGUCCCUGCUCUGUCUGCUUUAAGCAAGUGUGGCUUGAUCCUCAAGAAGAAUUUCGGAAGGAAAUCUGCCAAUGCCCUCAAGGUUACACCGGUUCAAGUUGUGAACAGUGUGUACAGGGCUAUCGGCGUGAGCCAAUCGGUGGUCCCACAACAGCUAUAUGCAUUCCCUGUACCUGCAACAAUAACUCCAAAAUCUGCGACCCUGAAACAGGUAAAUGCGAAUGCGAGCAUAAUACUGGCGGCCUCUUCUGUGAUCGCUGCGCUGAUGGUUACUACGGUAAUGCGUCCGCUCCCCCCGGUACCAAAGAUGCUUGCAAACCCUGUCCUUGUCCCCAAGGUGCCAAGUGCGUGGAAACAUUUCUCCCUCUGGACAAGCACGUCGUAGUUUGUGUCGACUGUCCAAAUAAUAUGACAGACAUGGAAUUUGCAUUUGGAUUCACUUUUGUCAAUGCACCUUCGAACAUGGGCUGGGGUAUUUUCCCUCCUUAA